AGUCGCCAGUGGGAGCGGAGCCGGCCGUCUACCCCUGGCCCCUGCCCGUUUAUGUGGGUCUGUGAAGAAAUUCCAGACCUCAAGCUUGCUAUGGAAAACUAUGUUUUAAUUGACUAUGAUACUAAAAGCUUUGAAAGUAUGCAAAGACUUUGUGACAAAUACAACCGAGCUAUUGACAGCAUUCACCAAUUGUGGAAAGGAACCACCCAGCCCAUGAAACUGAAUACCCGCCCUUCCAAUGGGCUUCUGCGCCAUAUCCUACAGCAAGUGUAUAACCACUCAGUGACGGAUCCAGAAAAACUCAACAACUAUGAACCCUUUUCCCCAGAGGUGUAUGGAGAGACUUCUUUUGACUUGGUGGCCCAGAUGAUAGAUGAAAUAAAAAUGACUGAAGAUGACCUCUUUGUAGACUUAGGCAGUGGUGUGGGUCAAGUUGUGCUCCAGGUGGCUGCAGCAACAAAUUGCAAGCAUCACUAUGGUGUGGAGAAAGCUGAUAUUCCGGCCAAAUAUGCUGAGACGAUGGACAAAGAAUUCAGAAAGUGGAUGAAAUGGUAUGGGAAAAAACAUGCAGAUUACACACUGGAAAGAGGUGACUUCCUCUCAGAAGAAUGGCGAGAAAGAAUCGCAAACACAAGUGUUAUUUUUGUGAAUAACUUUGCCUUUGGUCCUGAAGUGGAUCACCAGUUGAAGGAGCGAUUCGCAAACAUGAAGGAAGGUGGUCAGAUAGUAUCCUCAAAACCUUUUGCACCAUUAAACUUUAGAAUAAACAGUCGAAACUUGAGUGAUAUUGGCACUAUAAUGAGAGUUGUAGAAUUGUCACCACUGAAAGGAUCUGUCUCAUGGACCGGGAAACCAGUUUCUUACUACCUGCAUACUAUUGAUCGAACCAUACUUGAAAACUACUUCUCUAGUCUCAAAAAUCCAAAACUCAGGGAAGAACAAGAGGCAGCUAGACGUCGACAGCAAAGAGAAAACAAGAGUAACACAACAACUCCAACAAAAGUCCAAGAAAACAAGGACGAUGGUGCUGAAGAAGAGAAGAACCUUGGGGCCAAUACUGUCAAAAAGCCAUCUCCAUCCAAAGCACGCAAGAAGAAGUUGAGCAAAAAGGGAAGGAAAAUGGCAGGCAGGAAGCGUGGGCGCCCCAAGAAAAUGAAUGUUGUGAAUGCCGAGCGCAAGAUCAAGAAGAAUCAGACUGCGCUGGAACUUCUCCAUGCUCAAACUGUAUCACAAACAAAUUCAUCCUCUCCUCAGGAUGCAUAUAGGUCACCUCAUAGUCCAUUUUACCAGCUACCUCCUAAAGUGCAACGGCAUUCAUCUAACCAGCUCUUGGUUACUCCCACUCCACCUGCACUACAGAAGCUGCUAGAUUCUUUUAAGAUCCAAUAUAUGCAGUUCAUGGCUUAUAUGAAAACAAAUCAAUAUAAGGCAACUCUUCAGCAGUUACUGGAACAGGAAAAGGAAAAAAAUACUCAGUUACUGGGAAAGGCUCAGCAGUUGUUUACUCACUGUCAGGCUCAGAAAGAAGAAAUCAAACGACUGUUCCAGCAGAAACUAGAUGAGCUGGGUGUUAAGGCACUGACAUACAAUGACCUUAUCCAAGCCCAGAAAGAGAUUUCUGCUCACAAUCAGCAGCUGAAAGAGCAGACCAAACAGCUGGAGAAAGAUAAUGGUGAACUCAGGAACCAGAGUUUACAGCUGCUGAAAGCUAGAUGUGAAGAACUAAAGCUGGACUGGUCAACACUUUCACUGGAAAAUCUUCUCAAAGAAAAGCAAGCACUAAAAAAUCAGAUUUCUGAGAAGCAAAAGCAUUGCUUGGAAUUGCAGAUCAGCAUUGUGGAGCUUGAGAAAAGCCAAAGGCAGCAGGAACUUCUGCAGCUGAAAUCAUACAUGCCCUCUGAUGAAUCGCUGCCAGCCCAGCCACGCCAUAAAAACCAUCUGAACCGGGAGGCAGACCCUGACCACAGCACGUUUCACCUGGAGCUAGAGUGCCCCAAGUUCCCUGUGCCCCAGGUCAAUGGCAUGAGUCCUGAGCUGUCCAUAAAUGGCCAUGCCACAUCUUACGAAAUCCACAAUGCCCUCGGCCGGCCAGCCUCUAAGCAGACUACCCCUCAGUACCCAGCUGCCCACUUGGACCAAGACAUAGUUCCUUGCACCCCAAUCCAUAGCUGCAGACAGAAGCUGGACAAAGCCUCAAGUUUAUCCCUGCCAGAUUAUACCAGGUUUUCUCCAGCUAAGAUUGCCCUCCGGAGGCAUUUGAACCAAGACCACAUAGGCAGUGGGAAAACAGCACCCAGUGAGAACCAUCAGAGAGCUGAACAUUUAAAAGAAAAUGGCCUUCCGUUUCCAAGCCCUUCAGUAUCAAACGUCAUGAAGAUGAGCCCUCUGGAAGCCAGACCUCCUUCUCCAGCAGCCUUGCCAGCUGGGAAUGAGAAGGCUUUGCGCGAGAGGACGUCUGCGAAUAACGGGGAGACGAUCACCAGCCUUCCCAUCAGUAUUCCCCUCAGCACAGUGCAGCCCAAUAAACUCCCUGUUAGUAUUCCCUUGGCCAGCGUAGUCCUUCCUAGCCGUGUUGAGAAGGUGAGAAGCACACCUAGCCCUGUCCAUCAGAACCGAGAUUCCUUUUCAACACUUGAAAAACAAUUUGGUGCUAGUUCUCAUAACAGCGUUAGCGCCGCUGCUGGUAACAAGCCACUGACCUUGGCUACCUCAGGUUUUUCUUACAUGUCUGGCUCUGUGUCAGUCAGUGGGACUGUUCCAAAUAGCCCUGGCCCAUUGAAUCAGGCUGCUGACCAUGCAGCUAUGGAGGAGGUAUCCAGUUCAGGAAGCUUGUUCAACUCAACAGGAUCUCGAAGCUCUACUCCACAGCAUCCCUCUUUGCUUACGUCAUCUUCACGGAAUUCUGGGCAAAACUCACCUGCACACCAGCAUUCUGCAAGCCCCAGGUUGAAUGGAAUCUCCCAGAGCUUGGGAGGGGUACUGCAGUACAUAGAGACUCAAAAAAUGUUUGCUGAAAACACCAGAGGAGAUGUCCCAUCCGACCCUGUCUUUUCUGAUCCUGAGAGUGAGGGCAAACGAAGGAUUAUCUUCACCAUCUCCCCUGCCACGGGAACCCUCAAACAUUCUCCAUCAAACAAGCACAGCCCCCUUGCAGCAAGUAUGCGGGCAGAUUGUGGUCAGGCAUACAUGCAAGAUGGGAAGAAGCGUGGCCGGAGGAAGCGAUCCUCCACAGGAACACCCAGUGUGAACUCCGGGGUGUCACCAAAACGCAAAUCAUUGCCCCCAAUGGCUGGGCUCUUUGCUCAGCCUUCUGGAUCUCCCCUUAAUAUCAGCUCCAUGGUCAGUAAUAUUAACCAGCCUUUAGAAAUAACAGCCAUUUCUUCUCCUGAAAACUCCCUGAAGAAUUCUCCUGUUCCAUACCAGGACAAUGAUCAGCCGCCAGUGCUGAAAAAGGAGAAGCCUCUAAUUCAGACCAAUGGCAUCCAUUACUCCCCACUAACUUCUGAUGAAGAACAGAGCCUGGAGGACGACCAUAACAGCACGAGAAUUGAGAGGAAAAUUGCAACAAUAUCACUGGAAAGCAAAUCUCCACAAAAGCCGCUGGAAAACAGCAUCAACUCAGCUGGGAGGAAGCAAGCUACUGAAAGCAUGAACAGCAGCAAGUGGAAGUCAACCUUUUCUCCAAUUUCUGACAUCAACCUUUCCAAAACGGCAGACAGUCCUUUGCAAGCGUCGGCAUCAUCCCUGAACCAGAACACCCUCUUUGCCUUCCGACCCUCUUCUGAUGACAACCUGGUUGGUGACAAGACUGGCCCACAUGCGAGGAAACACAUGACUGCAUCUGAUGGGCUUGGCCAGAGUACCAGCGCCAUGAAUGGAUUUGCUUACAAUGGAGGGCUAUCGGCAGAUGUCGGUUUACAUAGCUUUACUGAUGGUGCUUCACUUUCUCAUAAAACUGCUGAUGUCGUGACGGCUCUGGGGGGCUCCUCUGUGGGGUUCCUGGUGCAGCGGAACAAAGAGGCCGGAGUCCCUGAGACAAAUCCAUUCUUGAGCAAGAGGCAGCUGGAAAGCCUUGGUGGUGGGAAAGGGGAAGACUUGAACUGGUCAGGGCUCAAAGGCAAAGAGGCCAACGAACUGAGUGUCCGCCUGGGAGGCUCUUCAGACAAGGCCUCGGUGCUAAACAACAAAAUUAGCAAAGGGCGAGAGCGGGAUGUAGAGUUCAAGAACGGCCACAACCUGUUCAUUGCUGCUGCUGCUGCUGCUGCUGCUGCUGCUGCUGUCCCCUCUGGUGGCCUUCUUAAUGGCAAAAGCCUCUCUGCAGCCAGCUCUGGCAAGUCAUCCAGCACGGCAUCCUCUACUCAGACCCACCACCCUUUCUUGAACUCCUUAACCACUGGCACGCAGUUCCCCCUUGGUCCCAUGGUAACAAACUCCUCGGUACUGCAGUCCUUAUUUAAUUCAAUGCCAGCUGCCGGCCUAGCGCAUGUAUCAUCAGCUGCCACCCGCCUGACCAACUCACACACCAUGGGAAACUUCUCUCCUGGGAUGACAGGUGGAACAGUUGGAGGUAUUUUUAACCAUGUGGUGCCUUCUGCCUCCUCCUCUUCCUCCUCCGCUCCCUCUCCCUCCACUUCCUCUUUUUCAUCCUCCACUUCCUCUCUCCAUUUUGGCAAUGGUGCAGUUUCCAGCUGCACCGUCUUAAGCUUAAAUCCUCUGCAGGUUGCGGCCAGCUCUCCAUCAUUCCAUGCGUCCCCCAACCCAGUGCCAUCUAACGAUGCCCAGCACCUCAACCGAGUCCCAGCACGUGCCUCCCUUCGGACUCCACCUCCUCCUAAUGUUUCAUUACCACCACCUCCUCCCCUCCUCACUUCUAACUCUGAACCUGUCCUCCUACAGAGUUUGUCAUCUCUGCCAGUUUCAGAGGCUUUCUUGCCGCCAUCUUCCACUGCUAACUCCGCUUUGUCUAUUAAACUAGCUUCUCUUCAGCACAAAACUUCCCGCCCCUCCUUCACUGUCCACCACCCACCUCUGCCCCGCUUGGCGCUGGCACAAGCCACGCCUGGGAUCCCACAGUCCAACACAGCUGGCACGCCUGCUAUGUGGGUCACCCUUGGCAUGCAGUCUCCUUAUGCUUCACAUCUCUCUGGAGUUAAGCCACGAUAACGAGCUUGGCUUAGUUUUUAAGCACUGGUGCUCUGUAAGGUAAGGCUGGUGUGGGAUGUCUUGGGUAAGGUGAGGGUGGUCAGCAGGAGAUUGGUGCUCUGACGUGCUAAGAUGUGUGGAAUCACAUACCUUUCCUUUCAGAUCUGUGCUUUACCGUGCUUUCCCUGUGCUGGAAAGCCUGAGAGCUAAAGCUCAGUAGCCAAGUAUAUAUUUCACAAACAAAAACUCCCCAAAUUUAAUUCCUGUCAUGUUCAGUUUGGAAAGUUCAGUAGCUAGUAGUGAGGAAAAUCCUUUUCUUCUGGAGAUCUUGGAGAGCUGCUGUCAAUCAGAUACAAGGGAGAUUUCUAUGCCUUGGGGAUGGUGAGGUCCAGUGUUUUAUAUGGAGAAGUGCCUGGAUAUUAUUCCCAAACAUAAGGGUAGGUGGCCUCCCCAGGAUGCAAACAGCCUCCAGAACACCCUCAGAUUUGUAGUGUUAAUAAAAAAAAAAAAAAAGCAAGGGGGAGGUGGAUUGGCUUUGCACAGUUAUAUCUUAAUUCCUUCUCCCUCCAAAACACAUGACAGUCUUCUGUGAUGACUACUUCUCUGACCAUGCCCUUGGAGGCUUUUUUGU